CAUUCACUCACAUCUUUUUCCACCACCAACCUUCUCUCUCACUUCUUUAGACCGGGCCUCGAUUUCUGGCCUCGACAUCAUCCUUCUUUUAAGAACCCGACCGUGUACGAGACCGCCUUUUUUUGUUCGUCAUCGUCGUCUGUUCCUCAAGGACCAACCCUUACCGCUACUACUCCUACGUCUUCGCGUGUUGGCUGGGAAGAACAAGAACAACUACGAAAAAGAAACUCGAACAAGGAAAAGAAAAGGAAGAAGCGUUUCUUGGUGCAGAAAAGGAACCAGGUUGAGUCUCGACUCUCAACGCGUGUUUCUGGUCCUCCCCCAUUCGCGCAUCUGGACGCGAUCCGGUCCUCGACCCUCGACUUUUGUCGAUACUCUACAACAACGAAUAAACCGAUACAAAAGUCGGUUCAAACUCUACAAAUGGAUUCUCUCGCUUCUUCACCGCGAAAGGGCUCCUCGGCUGAGCCCACGCUCCCCGUCAUGAAGCCCAUCACCCUCGCCGGCUCCAAGCGCCCGGCCCCGACUCUUCUCCCGCCCUUCGAGCCGCUUUCUUCGUCUCCCAACCUUCCGCGACCUGUCAAGAGACAAAACAUCGGCCCCGUGUCCGGCCGUCCUUCUUCUCGUGCUCACCUCAAGUACCCGACUCCCGUGCCGACGUCGAGCACCGGUAUCCUCUCGAGUUCCCCGCCCCAGCGUUCCUCGGCUGCUACCGAGCGGGCCCCGCUCUCUGCAGUCCCCGCCGUCGAACUGUCCGAGAAUGGCGAGACGCUCAUCAUGGGCCGAUCCUCCAACUCGUCGCACUUUCAGCUCUCGGCCAACCGCCUCGUGUCCCGCGUCCACGUCAAGGCCCGCUUCAUCGCCGCCCCGAGCCCCCUCGAGCCCAGCAAGAUUGAGAUCAUCUGCAAUGGCUGGAACGGCCUCAAGCUCCACUGCCAGAGUCGCACCUGGGAGCUGUACAAGGGCGACAGCUUCACGAGCGAGACCGAGGGCUCUGAAAUUAUUGUUGAUGUUCAAGAUGCUCGCGUUCUUAUUCAAUGGCCCAAGCGUGCCGUUGACAACCUCUCCGACACCACCUGGGACGAUUCUCCUCCCCAGAUCCGCCCCAAUGCCAUUCUCCAGUCUUCCCCUCCUCGACGUACCGGCCGUAUCGCUUCUCCUGAGAGCCCUACUCCCGUGACCCUGUCCAGCUCCCGCCGCCUCCAGGCUCUUCUUCCCGGGCACCGAGACCACGGCAUUGACAUUUACGAGGACGAUGAGCCUGAGCUGCCUGAACCCAAGCGAGAGCCCGAGCCUGAAGUUGAGCACAUGGAUGUUAACGUCAGCAUGAACACCGAGGUGACUGCCAGCUUCAGCAGCGUGCAAAGCGUCGAGCAGCACAGCGAUGCCGAGGACCAGGACCCUGAUGAGGAGAACGACCCCAUCGUGCACUCCUUCGGGCCCUUCGGUGCCGACAUUUCUUGCCGGUUGGCUUCGAUAAGUACAAAGUCUCCCAAGAUCUUCAAGGGUGCCAAGCGAGCGUCCAACCCCCUCCACAGCGCCAUUGCCGCCGACCUCUUUGCUCCUCGUCAGAUUCCCGCGCCUCCUCGAUCUCCCCGGAAGCAGCCCCAGCCUCAGCCCGAGUCUCCUCUUUCUUCGCCUCCUCGCGUGUCUACACCUACUCCUGAACCCACCAAGAUGUCGUAUGAGUCCAACCCCAUCGUUGCCAACCACGUCAUCAACCAACUCGCCUACUCGCGUCUGUCCUCGACUCCCCUGUCGACCAUCAUGCAGCACCUCCCCACCGAGGAGAAGAAGGGUCUGGACAAGUCUGACCUCCGCGACGUGAUCGAGAGCACGCCCUGCAUCGGCAUCAUCAAGCGACAGGGCAAGGACGCCGCCGGAAAGCCUCUCGAGAGCGAGUACUACUACGUCCCUGAGCAGGACGACGAUGAGCAGCGCCGAGCGGCUGUUGUCGAUGGCCUUCGAAAGCCCAGUCUCCGCGCUUGUCGCAAGCAGCACAAGCAAUACUACUGGAAGCGUCCCAAGACCCCCUAA